AGUUAAGUUUUUCCUGAAAAUUCACACCGCCCCUGCAGAGAUUCGAGUCGGUGGUAGCCAUCCCCCAACCUUCUGUGUUCUUCAAAUUACUCUUCUUUCUUUCUUUCAUUCCCUGUCUUAUCUCCAAGAUAUGGCAAACGAUCAGUCAGUAUUGGCUGUAAUAAGGGCAUCCAGACCCUCCUUCAAGAAUCCGCACGACAGGAUUGCUUUCUCUGUCCACGCCUCCUUUCUCGCAUCCGGCUACAUCCUCCACGCCGCCGGUCCGGCUGCUUUCGCCGAAGACGCACUCUCCUCCUCCUCCACUGAUGUUGAAGUUGGAAUUGAUCAUUGGAACGAUGCCAAUGACGAAUAUGCCUUCAUUUACUCAAAUCCUGAUAAGGGUUCUAAAAAAGUAUUGAUCAAAUGUCUCGCCAUGAAUGAUAUGCUUAUGGUAGAUGGUAUUGAAGACAACGGUUCGGACCCUCUUCAUCUUGAGCUUAAUGUUGGGAAUUAUACUGCUGAAAAUGGGGGUGCAAAUUAUGCAUCACAGUUUAAGGAUUUGGACAAACUUGUGAGUAUUGUGGACAAGGAAGUGUUGUCCAAAUUAGAGGGUCGUCCAAAGAAAGCACCUGCUUCAACUUCAAAUGCUGAACCUUCAAGUUAUAUUCCUCGUACAAGGGUGAUUGAACCAGAGCCACUCAAUCCAGUUCAUGAACCUUAUAAUUCCGGAUAUAUAUAUCCUCCCAUUGCACCUUUUGGUGGCAGUGAUAUUCUGCCUGGGCCUGGUGCUGGAAUCUAUCCAUUGGGUCGUGGCAGAGAUGAUUUUGAUGGAGGAAUGUUUGUAGGGCCAAACAGUUCAAUGUUUGGUAGGAUGGGAAGACAACCCAGUUUUCCUGGAGCUCCCCCUGGGCUUGGUGUUCCGCCUGGUGCUCGUUUUGAUCCUUUUGGGCCACCUGGUGUUCCAGGAUUUGAACCUAACCGGUUUGGCAGGAACUCGAGGGGGUCUGGUCGGAAUCAUCCAGAUCUUGAGCCAUUUCCGGGUGGAUCUGACUUCAUCUGAGACAAAAGUGCCCUAAAAAACUGUCUCGAGGGAAACUUGCUUUAUUAGUUACCUGUUCUACCUUAAUCAUCGUUCUACAUAGACGGUUGUAUAGUUUUGGAACCAUUUUUUUGUUGAAUGUGUGGAUCAGUUUGUGUUUUAUAGAUUUCUAAACAGUUUAUUAAGUCUGAAAAUAAGACUGCAUACUGCUUUUUGUGA